AUGCUCUGUCCUGAAGGUGCUAUACAAAACGAAAUUAUAUCUAAAGAGGAAGAAGAAAAAGUUUGUAAGAAAAGUAAAAAGAUAGUUGCUGAAGGCACAGGUAGCUUGGAGUUAAAUUCAUUCAAAAAUCCAAGAAACUGGAAGAAAUCUAUAACAAAUUUCUUUCGUAAUCAAUUACGAUCUACCAAAUCAAAUGAUGGAGAUAGACCUUCUGGCAGUAAUGAAAACUUUGAAGAUAAAGAUGUUGCUCCGGAACAAAAAUGGCAGUCACUAGGCAAAGUAUUCAGACGUCAAAGUUUUGCUGAACAUUGGCAAAAAUCGCCUAGUCCACAUGGAGAAUGCUCAUCGCAAAAUAAACGUUUUGCAGUUAGAAAAGUAAUUUCAAGUUAUUUUGGAAAAUCUCAAAAAUCACCUUCCGUAUCUAAUGAAGACCAAUCCUAG